AUGUUCUCUACGUGUUCUUGCGUUCUUAUACAAUCUACUAUAAGUGAAGUUGCUACUACAAAUUUUCUUUUCAGUCGUUUGUUAUUCUCACUUUUCUUGCCGAAUCUAGGACCCGCACACCCCUACCCUCGUCUCUUCGUAUGCUUUACGCCUGUCUCAUGUGAACGUCUUUCUUUCUUUUUUGUCUCUCUCUCUCUCUCUCUCUCUCUCUCUAUCAUGGACUCAGUGUCUCGCUUCCCGUUUCCCUUACGUCGCUUCUCGGUUAGAGUCUCCGAAUUUCUUUCUUACUCCCUUUUUCUUUCUUUCUGUCUUUCUUUUUCUUUUUUUCGUCCUAACUCACUUUCUUUUAUUUCUUUAUCUCUUUCUUUCUCUUUUUCUUUCUUUCUUUCUUUCUUUCUUUCUUUCUUUCUUUCUUUCUUUCUUUUUAUUUCUCUGUUUCUUUCUGUAUCUCUUUCUCAUUCUUUCUCUCUCUCUCUCUCUCACUUUCUUUUUCUCUUUCUUUCUCUCUGUGCCUUCUUUCGUUCUUUAUUUAUGUCUGUAUUUCUCACUUCUUUCUUUCUUUCUUUCUUUCUUAGUUUCUUACUUUCUUUUUCUUUCUUUCUUUCUUUUUAUUUCUCUGUUUCUUUCUUUAUCUCUUUCCCAUUUUUUCAUUCAUUCAUUCUCUCUCUCACUUUCUUUUUCUCUUUCUUCCUCUCUCUGUCUUCUUUCUUUCUUUCUUUAUUUCAUACUUCAUUCUUAAUUUAUUUCUCCCUCUCUUUCUUUUUUAUUCCUAACUCACUUCCUUUUUCUCUUUCGUUUUUUAAUUUUUUAUCUUUCUUUCUCUUUUUCUUUCUAUCUUUUUUUCAUUUUUCUCCCUUUCUCUUUCUUUCUUUCUUUCCUUCUUUCUUUCUUCUUGUUUUUUACUUAUUCAUCCUCUUAUUCAUUGUUCAUUCUUUCUUCUUUUCUCUCUGCCUUCCUCGCCUACUUUUUUCUUUCUUUACUUUUACUCUCUAUAUUUUCUUUUUCUGUCUUUUUUUCUUUUCUUUUCUUUUCUUUUCUUUCUUUCUUUCUUUCUUUCUUUCUUUCUUUUCUUUCUUUCUUUCUUUCUUUCUUUCUUUCUUUGCAUUUUCAUUCGAUAUCGUUGCUUUCCUUUGUUCUUUCUUUUUUGUGGGGGUGGGGGUGGUGGCGGCGGAUGUUCUAUCCUCUUUUUCGUUCCAAUUUCCAAUGAUUCUUUCAUUCUUUGCACUAUGUGAACUUUCUUUCUUUUUCUUUCCGUUAUUCACCAUUCCUCUCUAUAUAUCGCCUUUCACGCUCUCACUUUCUCCUCACCCUUCCCGUUUCUCUUUCUUCUCCUCCCCCUUCUUCGCAUCGUCUUUGACUUUGCGGUCGGAUAACAACAAACUGCAUUAUUUUAGUUAA